ACGGGAGAAUCGCGCCAUGGAAGAGCAGCUGGAAGUCCAGGAGAAGUUGAGAGCGGACCACCAGAGGACCUAUGAGGAGAAUGUGAACCAGCUGAUGGAGAGGAUGAAGAGAGACAGUAGAAAUGCCAUAGCAGAGCACGAUAGAGUUCUGCAGGCCAGACUCAGGGAGCAGAAUGACCUUCUCCAGCAAGGGUUUGAUGACAGAGCACACCAAAUGCAAAGAGAGAUAGAUGCCCUUAAGGGUGCGAAGGCAGAAGAGGAACAGAAAACCCCCUCAUUUAUGAGCACAGCUCUGGAUACUGUUGGGACUGCAGCUACCUUGUUCCUUCCAGGAAUAAUUCCCAAAGUAGGAGGAAUGGCUGUGAAAUGGUUGCCAAAGUGGUUCUGAUGUAGGUGCUCGAGGAGGAUGAUGAGCUGUUAUUCUUAUAGACAUGUGGAUUGACUGAAUUGGUAUUUAUUGAUAGUUGAUUCAUUGAUUUAGGUUAAGCACUC